CCGCAAGGGCCCAGGCGAGGCUCGGCCCCCCGGGUCCGGGAACCAGGCGGCAGCGAGGCCUCCGCCUCCUCCGCAGACCUCCCGGGCGCUGCACCGCCUGCGUGUCCGCCGCCGGUCUUGCCCGACUUCAGGAGGGGAGCUGCUAGGCUGCGGCCCAGCGGGUUGGCCCGGGGCCCCAGCUCCCGCGUGGACCGUACCCUCAUGCGUUUCUGGCCCAGCGGUGCCCGGUGUUUGUACAGUGGGGGCGUGAGAGCCAGUGUCCAUGGUCCUCGGUGUUACAAACCGUGUGGGCUGGCUGCCCGGUGUGUCCGUGGUGUGCGCCUGCUGUUACAUACGUGGAAGCCUGCAUGAUACCUGCUAAAGGAGUAAACAGGUCAUGGCACGCUUAACAAAAAGACGGCAGGCGGACACAAAAGCUAUCCAGCAUCUUUGGGCAGCCAUUGAGAUUAUACGGAAUCAGAAGCAAAUUGCCAACAUUGACCGUAUUACAAAGUACAUGUCUCGAGUCCACGGUAUGCAUCCAAAGGAGACCACUCGUCAGUUGAGCUUGGCUGUGAAAGAUGGUCUCAUUGUGGAGACGCUGACAGUGGGCUGCAAAGGCUCCAAAGCUGGUAUCGAACAGGAAGGAUAUUGGUUACCAGGCGACGAAAUUGCCUACAGCAUGCAGCCUUUCUUCAGGACAGCAACCCCAGCCAAGGACUGGGAAACAGAAAAUCAUGACUGGUAUUGUUUUGAAUGCCAUUUGCCUGGAGAGGUGUUGAUAUGUGACCUGUGUUUUCGUGUGUAUCAUUCCAAGUGUUUGUCUGAUGAGUACAGGCUUAGAGACAGCAGUAGUCACUGGCAGUGCCCAGUUUGCAGGAGCGUCAAGAAGAAAAACACCAACAAGCAGGAGAUGAGCACAUACCUCAGGUUCAUCGUCUCCCGCAUGAAGGAGAGGGCUAUCGACCUUAAUAAAAAGGGGAAGGACAACAAACACCCCAUGUACCGGCGCCUGGUGCACUCGGCGGUGGAUGUCCCUGCCAUACAGGAGAAAGUGAACGAAGGGAAAUACCGAAGUUACGAAGAGUUCAAAGCUGAUGCUCAGUUGCUUCUCCACAACACAGUCAUUUUCUAUGGAGCAGACAGUGAGCAAGCUGACAUAGCACGGAUGCUCUAUAAAGACACCUGUCAUGAGCUGGAUGAACUACAGCUUUGUAAGAAUUGCUUCUAUUUAUCAAAUGCUCGUCCUGACAAUUGGUUCUGCUAUCCUUGUAUACCUAAUCAUGAGCUGGUUUGGGCUAAAAUGAAAGGUUUUGGAUUCUGGCCGGCCAAAGUCAUGCAGAAAGAGGACAAUCAGGUUGAUGUCCGCUUCUUCGGUCACCAUCACCAGAGGGCCUGGAUUCCUUCUGAGAACAUCCAGGACAUCACAGUCAAUGUUCACCGGCUGCAUGUUAAGCGCAGUAUGGGCUGGAAGAAGGCCUGCGACGAACUGGAGCUGCAUCAGCGCUUCCUCCGUGAAGGGAGGUUUUGGAAGUCCAAGAAUGAGGACCGAGGGGAGGAGGAGGCAGAGUCCAGCAUCUCCUCCACCAGCAACGAGCAGCUAAAGGUCACUCAAGAACCAAGAGCAAAGAAAGGACGACGUAAUCAAAGUGUGGAACCCAAAAAAGAAGAACCAGAGCCUGAAACGGAAGCUGUAAGUUCCAGCCAGGAAAUCCCCACGAUGCCUCAGCCAAUCGAAAAAGUUUCUGUGUCAACUCAGACCAAGAAGUUAAGUGCCUCUUCCCCAAGAAUGCUGCAUCGAAGCACCCAGACCACCAGUGAUGGAGUGUGUCAAAGCAUGUGCCAUGACAAGUACACCAAAAUUUUCAAUGACUUUAAAGACCGAAUGAAGUCUGAUCACAAGCGAGAAACUGAAAGAGUUGUUCGAGAAGCUCUAGAAAAGCUGCGUUCUGAAAUGGAAGAAGAAAAAAGACAAGCUGUAAAUAAAGCUGUAGCCAAUAUGCAGGGUGAGAUGGACAGAAAAUGUAAGCAAGUAAAGGAAAAGUGUAAAGAAGAAUUUGUAGAGGAAAUCAAGAAGCUAGCAACACAGCACAAACAACUAAUUUCUCAGACCAAGAAGAAGCAGUGGUGCUACAACUGUGAGGAGGAGGCCAUGUACCACUGCUGCUGGAACACAUCGUACUGCUCCAUCAAGUGUCAGCAGGAGCACUGGCACGCGGAGCACAAGCGCACCUGUCGCCGGAAAAGAUGAAGGCUGGCUCUUCCUGGAGAAUCACUGACGACUAUUCCUCUCAGACACAGCGGUUUUUGUUUCCAAGAAGCCAAAAUUGUUUAGAAUUUGCUUCCCAUUUUGCACCAGCCUUUAAACACUUUUCGUGAAGAAAUUUUGCACAGUAGUUUAAAUCUUUUGUUAACACUCCUCUGGAGUUUUUCAGGGGGUAAAAGUAACAUCAGUGGAGGGUAUUAUUUUAAAUAAAUUUUAAUUGAGAGUUUGUUGCAUUUUCAGCAAAUUUUAAAACAUUUUUAGGUUUUACAGAGAUUUUAACCUUUAAACAACAGAUCUUUAAAAAACAGGUGAAUUACAAGUGAGUUUAACAAAGAAACAUUUAAAAUAGAUCUGAAUGUAAGAACUACAGAACUGUUUCAGAAAUAAAACAUACUACCUUGAUGUGAAAUUUAUUUCUUAACCUUGUUGAGCUGGUUUUGUUCAGCUUACUUUACUGUUUAAAGGCAUUAUCUAUUGGUUAUGCCAGUGGGUAUAUGAUUGAAUUUAGGGAACAGGGUUGACACAGCAGGUGCUAGUCCUGCAUAUUUUUUCUUAAAUGUUUCCCAAUUGUGUUUUUCAUUAUUUCUUUUCAAUAUAUAACUUUUAUAACAAAUUAUUAGCUUUGAUCUUGUAGUUUAAAAUUGCAGGGAACUGGGGUAAUCUUUUACUGAGCUGGAUCUUAGAGAAAAUGAAUAUUUAAAUUUUAAAGUUUGCACAUUUCAUCUUUGUCCUAACAUGAGUGCUUGUAACAAAAUAACAAAAAUAAAAAGCCAAAAACUACCUUUAUCCAUACAAGAAAUUAUAGAUGAGGCAUACAGAUUUCUUUACUGCUUCCCUUCCCUCCCCAAGUGUCAUCUGAUUGCCUACUAUCUGGUGUCACCUCUUCUAGCAUAAGUUAAUACUGAAAGGAAAGAAAGCACUUAAGUUUCACAGAAGCCGUUAUGUUUGUAGUAAUGGAUCAUUACCUACUAAUGAACUCCAUCACUGUACACAGAAUGAAGAAUAAUGCAUGUUAAUUUUCUUGUAUUAAAGAUGCCGUGAUUUGUAAAAA